CUCUCUCUCUCUCUCUCUCUCUCUCUCACUCUUUCUCCCUCUCUCGUUCUUUCUCUUUCUCUCUCGCUACCUCCGCCUUACCACGGUCCUUCUACUUUGGCGAUACAAUGCAGCCCCGGAUUCAUCGAACGGAUUAAAGCAGAAGUGCGUUUUCGGUACUAAAGAAGAGAUGACAAGGCUAAACCGCACGAAAGGAGUGAAAAGGGAGAAAAAUAGUGAGAGAGAUGAAGAAGUGAGAGAGUGAGAGUGACAAGGAGGGAGCCAAAGAGAGAGGAGAAAAGGACAGUCGAAGACAUACGAAUGGUGACGAGUGCCGAGGAAUGCAACGACGACGUAGCAAUCAAUUGCGUUUUCGUGAGAGGCGAGGCGGCUAAACGCUCGUUAGCAAAUUUCCGAUUGCUCUCUUUAUUUCUCUGCUCAUCGGACUCGCGUAUUCGGACUCUCACCAUCUCUCUGGCGUCCCCCUGCACGUACGCAUAUGAUAUUCUUCUAGUGCAGCGAGGAGCGAAGUGAUAUGUGUUACACGUGCAUCAAGUGUGAUAAGUGCCAUCUAAAUGCAAGAAUAUAUAAGAGCCAGAAUCCUGCCAGAACUUCUACGUUACGUGUCCUGUUAUAACGUACCUUGGGACAUCAGUAUAGAAUGACUUCACUAUAAAGUUACAAGAAACUUAUGCAAAUUUCAUGAUACGGCGAAGGCUAUGAUUAUUUCCUUUGAACCUUAAUGUGACUAAUUGAAGUCAUACAGUAUUGAAAAUAUCAAUACGUUUUAGAUUUUUCCACUGAUUGAUAUAUUAAUAAAAUUGUUACUAAUUGUUUCAUAAUUUUUCAUCAAGAAAAUCAAGAAAAUUAAGAAUCAAGUUUGCAGCAUAAUAAAUUUAAAAAGCAUCGUUUUCUUUAUUAUCAAUGUCAGUGCAAAGGAAUAAGAUAACUAGAUACAUCCAGGAGUAAAGAAAAAAAAUAUAAACGCUGCAAGAUUAUAAAGGCUACAGAACGGUGUUUAAUAUCACAGAAAUAAGGAUAGUGUGGUAAGCGGUAACAUAUGUAACAGCACAAUAUAAUGAAAGAUCCGAGAUUGCUGUUACGAGGGAUGCCACUUUGGCAACCCCAUCCAGGCUAAGAAGAGCGAUUAAUUGAUAAACUAUGACGACGGUAACAUCUAGUAUGGAUAUUAGUGGCGACUCAAAUAUGGAUACUGCUAAUGAUGGCCCCGCUACAACGGGCGUCAGUACGAUUGCUUCCGUCGUUGCUAAUGCCGCGUCCUUGACAUUAAUUAAGGCUGAAAGGCCGGAUCAUCUGGCAGGAUCGUCGACAUCACCUGCGACGGUAACCACUGUGACCGGUGGAACAAUCAGCACUGGAAGUGGUCUUUUUGUCAAUACUGCUAAUAACACUAAAACUACCAGAUCGGAUGAUUGGCUAGCAACAAACAGUCCCGGGUCGCCGCAAAGUUCUUUACAAAACCAGCACGUGGUUUACACCAGUUCCCAGCAGCAAUUGGCGGAACAACAGCAAUCAUCUAUAGCGCACUCCAGUCCACUCGCACAUCAGCAGCAACAAAUUAGCAAUAAUGGAUAUGCGAGUCCUAUGAGCACCAGUAGUUAUGACCCGUACAGUCCCAAUGGUAAAAUAGGUAGAGACGAAUUGUCUCAGCCAAGUUCGAUAAACGGCUACGGCGGUAAUUCUGGAGGUGGUGGCAGUAACAAUAGCGGUGGCGGAGGUAGCGGUGGUAGCGGGAAUGGAAGCGGCAAUAGCGAAGGAUGCGACGCGAAGAAAAGGAAAGGACCGACGCCUCGGCAGCAAGAAGAAUUAUGUCUUGUAUGCGGCGAUCGUGCGUCCGGUUACCACUACAAUGCCCUGACAUGUGAAGGCUGCAAAGGUUUCUUUAGACGUAGCAUCACUAGAAACGCCGUGUACCAGUGCAAGUACGGCAACGGCUGCGAAAUCGAUAUGUAUAUGCGCCGCAAGUGCCAAGAGUGCAGAUUGAAGAAGUGCCUGACGGUCGGCAUGAGACCGGAAUGUGUCGUGCCCGAGUAUCAAUGCGCAGUCAAAAGAAAGGAGAAAAAAGCACAAAAGGAAAAAGACAAGCCGAACAGUACAACGAUGAACGGUUCACCAGGCAGUGCCGGGAUGGGCGAACCAAUGGGCGUGAAAAUUGAGCCAGCGGAAGCUGAAUCGUUGUCUAUGUCCGGAAGUAGUGGCAUUCUCACUCCUGUCAGUUCUUACGCUUGCGUUAAGCCCAUUAGUCCUGAACAGGAGGAACUGAUAAAUAGGCUGGUGUCUUUUCAGUGCGAAUUCGAGCAACCGAGCGAGGAAGACUUAAAAAGAAUUACCAAUCAACCGUUGGAAGGUGAGGACCCGAGUGACUACAGCUUCAGGCACAUCACCGAGAUUACAAUUCUGACCGUUCAGUUAAUCGUUGAAUUUUCCAAGAGACUGCCAGGCUUCAACGAGCUGAUGCGCGAGGAUCAGAUCACUCUAUUAAAAGCAUGUUCCAGCGAGGUGAUGAUGCUGCGGAUGGCAAGAAAGUACGACGUGCAAACCGACAGUAUCAUCUUCGCCAACAAUCAGCCCUACACGCGCGACAGUUAUAACGUCGCCGGGAUGGGGGAAACUAUCGAGGAUCUUCUGCGAUUCUGCCGGCAGAUGUAUGCCAUGCGGGUCAAUAAUGCCGAAUACGCUUUGCUCACUGCUAUCGUCAUUUUUUCAGAGAGACCGAAUUUAUUGGAAACCAAGAAAGUCGAGAAACUUCAAGAAAUCUAUUUGAAAACGCUGAAAUCGUACGUUGAUAAUCGUCGUCGACCGAAGUCCGGUACGAUUUUCGCUAAGCUCCUGUCGGUUUUGACCGAGCUGAGAACCCUCGGCAAUCAGAACAGUGAAAUGUGCUUGAACUUGAAGUUUAAGAAUAAGAAGCUGCCAGUUUUCCUUGCCGAAAUCUGGGAUGUGAUGCCCUAGUUUCCCGAACGCCGAUCAACGGCGAUCGCGCCGGUCGGCUAAAAUAAACUUUGACGUCGCAGCAGCAGCAGCAGCAACAGCAGCAGCAGCAGCAGCAGCAGCAGCAGCAUCGGCGUCGAUAAGACGCAUGGACGUGGAAAACGGCCUGCGCAACUCUCAUACUAGUGCACCACUAUGCCACUGCCUCACCAUCGCAAGUCAACACAUUGUAUCAGACGCCGAUUUAGAUUCAUUAUUGGUCACCUGUGCUUUCUCGAUAAUCGACCGUCUCUAGAUAUCGUCCUGAACAGGAUCUUUACAUAGUUUGUAAAUCUGAACGCAAAUAAGCUAGUCUCACACUACUCGCGUGGGGAAAAAAAUCUUGGCGAAAACGUUUCGUUGUUUAAAUGUACAGAUUGUGAAGCUGUGUAAACCAAGAGUCCAGAGCGUGCGAAAAUGAUUGAAUAAAAAUCGUUCGAGGGCGGAUACACGCGAUUAAAUAUAUUCGUGAUAAGAAGAAGGUACAUAAAGGUUUAUACUGUAGAUGCAUGAAACAAAGGACGAAGGAAAUUGAAAACUUGAUGCUGUUAAACAUGAUAUAAUAUGUGAAAUUCUUGAUCUAACUAGAGUCAACAAUCUGUAAUCUUCGCAUUUUAAUAUUCGUUAUUAAGAGGCUAUUUCAAUCGAGGGGAAACCAUGUAUUAUGAUAAUACCCAAUUGUGCUGGUAUUUUUUCCAGUUUCUACAAUCGUGAGUAUAGAAUCUUGUUACUUGCGUCAAUUGUUUCCGGUUCAGGAAGAAGAAAUGACGAGAGAAAGCCUCGAACGCUACGGAAACGCUAUAAAAGCACACGUUUCGAGUAUAAGCGGGAAUAAGGCAAAGGAUUAUACGCAGUUGCUAGAGAAAGGCAGUGGCGCGGCCCAGGCUGUGAUACAUAGAGAACAGUACAGAAAAUGAAGCUAUACAAAGAAAGCUACCUGCAAUUUACAUUUUGUCGCUAUGUCCCCUACCCGGAUACAUCCUUAUACAAUUGAUAUGUAAAUGUAAUGUAUUAUAUGAUAAACAAUUGAUAUAUUGAAUAUAUUGGCGAAUCAGUAUUCGCCACUCAUAAGGAGAUGGAGAUAGCGGAUAAACGCGGCUUAGUUUCAGGCAAGAGGAAUAGAGGACGAGGAUAUGUAUAGAUAAAUCUUGACGAGAGACGAAGGGAAAAUUAUUUAAAUAAUCGAAAAAAUAUCGCUUGCAAAUAAACAAGUUCGAGGAUCGAGGAGUCUUUAGUCAUCGAUAAUAUAGCAUUCUCCCUGGUUUUGAUCAUAGAAGAAAAAUCAAGGCAAAAAUGAAGUUCAUAAGUAUAAAGCAGUGCGAGUGCUGUUGAGCAGCGUCGCAUGAUUUGAACGCAAAGUUUAAAAAAAAACCAGAUACGAGAUAUACAUAACAGUACAAUAGGAUCUAUAUCAUACAUACGCAUACAGCAUAAUAUAUCUUACUAGCAUAUACAUUGUUUAUACCAGAGAUAGGAGGAAAGUGGACGUGUAUAUUUGUGUGCAUGCGUGCAUAUAUAUGUACAUGAUGAAAUAGAUGUAUAUACGCGCGCGUGGCCGUGUGUGUGCGUGUGUGAAAGAGAAGGAGGAAAGGAUCGAGCUUGCAGCGAAAAUCGGAGAAUAGAAAGAUUGAGGAAGAUCUGUAGCGGGAUAGCGGAUUCCUUGAAAUCGUUCGAAUAUUUUUGCUUGGCGACGUAAUCUCUCUGUGACGUGUACAUAGGGCGUCCCCAAGAGGAACAGCAAGAGGAAGAUUAUUUUGACACAAAACAUAUUUUAAGGGAUGCAUUAUUGCAUUUAUAAUACAUAUAAAGACGUAACGAAAAUAAUAACGUUACUCAAGUAUAUGGAAAUUUUUCAUUUAUAUUAUAUUCUUAUAGAAAUAUAAAUUUUACGAAUAGGUAAAGGAAGCAACGUAAAACGUUUGUGCAAAUGUUUUCUGUUUUGUAUAAAUUUUCAAUAAACUCACAAGUGCAGACAUUUUUACAGAAACAUUUUUGUGGUUUUAAUAGAAAAGGAAUGUACGGGACGUCCUGCAAAGAUAUGCGAGAAAAUAUAACGACAUCUGCAAAAGAUAUAAAGAUAUAAAGAUGUUUUUCGAUCAGUUUAUCAGACAUAAAACACUCCAAUUAAUCGUUUCAUGGGGAAACACAAUAUUUUUGUUUUAUUAAGGAAACGGAAAUGUAUAGUGUUUUAAAAUUCUAGUGACAAACUCGGAAAGGUGGUAGAUCUCGUUGAGAAGAUCACUUUUCGUCAAGUAACUCACGUCCUCUGACACGCCUUUGAAGAUUUUCGCGCGUCAUAAAUAGACAACCCUUUGGGCGCCUCACCCAGCGAACAGUGGUCCAUUUUUCAAUGCCGGCUCGUUGAAUGUGUUACGGCAUAAUCUCCUAAUUAAAACUUUCUUUUGGCAGCUGACACAUUUGAAUUAGUAGAACAUGAUGCAAGAACGUUUGCGAUUGGUCAGCCGUAGGAUUUAACACAUAAGAAUUUCAUCCUUGUGGCAUUUUUCAAGUUUUAAGUUUUUAAAAUCGCUGUUUAGGUUCUCGACUGUGAUUGGUCUCUUAAGUCUUAAGUUAAUAACUUUUUAACUAUUUAACUAGUUACUACCCAACUCCAAUAAUAUCUCCUGUAAAAUGUCUCAAAUAAAAAUUAAAAAAAAAAGCAUCAUCGAGAAGGAGAUCUAUCUGAGAAUGCAUGACAUGAGUGACAUUACUAAUUGGACGUCGCGCAGGAAAGUUUGCCUAGGUGUCUGGUACGCUUCAAGUAACGCGACGUACUAACUUCUUAAGGAUACAUCAAAAAAGAUAGGUUGCUUGACAAAAGAAUGAUCCUCUCGGCGAGGCCCUACAAGUUUGUCACAGGGAUCCUGAAACAUUGCGCGUGCGUGCGUGUGUGUGUAUGUAUGUAUGCGCGUGCGUGCGUGCGUGCAUGCAGAUUUUAAGUAAAUAUAUAGAGGAAAUCGACUUUGAAUUCAAUGAAAGAUUCAGUCGAAAAUUGUGCGGCAAAUAUCGUAACAGCUCACUGCGUAUCGUAUCUGUUGUCUAUUAUUGUUAUUAUCUAUUUUAUAUAUAUAUAUAUAUAUAUCUGUUAUCUAUUAUAUAUUGUUAUUAUCUAUUUCAUAUAUUAUUUGAAAAAGUUAAUGAUUUGGAAAUUGAUGAAAAUGCAAAGAAUUAAGAUUUCAGAAUUAUUUGGACAUUAUUCGUGAUUUUGGAUUAUCCAUUAUUUGCAUUACAAUUUUCGAUGAAAUUUUCAAGUCGGUUUUCUCUAUCUUAUCAAAGAGAGAGUAAAUUUUCUAGAAGGAUAAUUAAGAAGGACGAUAUUUGAUACGCUUGAAUAGAAUCGAUCAUCCUUCAUACCAAACUAAUGGAAGUACUGAAAAUAAUCGACCGAGAGAGAGGAACUGACGGCAAUUGAUUACUUAGGGAAGUGUUAGGCGUAGAACGAAAGUAAAGAAAUCUGAAUUGAAUUAAUUCUCGAGCGGUUGCAUUCUUAAGUAUAGUGAUUAGGCAUAUCGACUAUAUAUACUCUCACUAUUAUUAUUAUUAUUAUUAUUAUUAUUAUUAUUAUUAGAAUACGCGCGCGCGCGCGCGCGCGCACACACACACACACACACACACACACACACACCACAGAUAAUAUUUUUAAAAAGAAAUAAUUUAGCUUCGAAUAUUUUUCACAUAUAAUGAUUGUAACAACGGUAAAAUGUACGUAAUCAUAAUUGUUAAAGAGAUUCGUUAUAAAUUCAAUUUUAUCAUACUAAUAAAUAUUAAUUAACCGAUAUGCGUUGCACGAUCCCGCUCGAGGUUUAAAUAGAUUCACAUUACGAGUGCGAUGCUAUUGGAUUGACCGGAAAAUCCGUGCCGAUUUUUUUUUAGCAAAGUUCAAAAAACGCAAAACUUUGUAUUCGUUCGUAAAACAAAGUUUUACGUUACCGGAAAGUCUGUGCGCAUUUUUUUAGCGAAAUUCGAACGCAAAAUGUUUUUGUAUGCAUUGCACUUUCCGGUCAAUUCAAGUUUGGGUAAUAGAUCAUAGACGAAUGAGCUAGACUAGGUGACCGAGUUCUAGUGCAAAGCCUUGUGCCUUCAGCAGCGGACAUCGGCUCACCGACAAACAAAAAUAAAAAAAUAAAAAUACGCGUGAAAUUUAACCGUCCGUCUUAAUUUUUUAACGAAAGAGAAUGAACUUACUGCAAAGGGUGAGCGAAAUCCUGCAAGUGUUUGCAGUGUUAUUAUUAAAACAAUGAAGAUAGAAAUAAUGGAAAAGAGAGGGAAAAGGAGAGAGAGAGAGAGAGAGAGAGAGUGCGUGAGAGGGGGGGAGGGAAGGGGGUGUGCGUGCGCGUAUGAAAGAAAAAAAGUGAGAAAAAAAUACGUUGAAAUAGUAAGACUGCGAAAAUGAGUUAGGUAUGAUGACUGUAGUUGAUGAAACAUAAAAACAAUAUUUAUAAAGAAAUCGAAAAUCUUGGAGAAAAUGAGGAUUGAGACGCAAAAUUAAACAAGCAUUUGUGUGAAAGAGAUCCUUAUAGUUCCCAGAAGUCAAAUAUGCUUAAUAUAAAAGAAUGAAAAACUCUUAGUCUCUAAUUAUUAAAAAUAUAAAGGAUAAAGAUAACAAAAAAUUCUUGGAUUCCUGGAUCUUUUGAUUUUUCAAGUUUUGAGUUUCCAAACGCGUGCUCAAGUUCCUAGAUUCUUAAAUUCUAAGAUUCACGAAUUUUUAUUUUCAUUUAUUUUAAUUCCUUAGAUUCGUAAAUGCUUCAUUCUUUAAUCCUCUCGAGUUCAUAUUUUUUCUAAAUCUAAGAGAAAUCCUCAAAAUGCCGUAACAUAUUAUAAUUAUGUGCUGCUUACAUAUAUCAUGGUUUGAUUCUGUAAAAUAUGUGUCUUGUUAGUUUAAUGGGGUAAGAUAUCAAUACAUAUGAUGUAUGAGCAACGAAUAAUAAUCAUCACCGACACAUUAAAUAACAGCAAGAUUAUUUUAUAAUAUUACAUAAGAAAUAUUAUAAUAUUUAGAUGAGGAUAAAUUCAAAUAUUAUUUCACUUGAAAAAACGGUUUUUUCAUUCUUUUAUUUUGGAUAUUGUUUUACAAAUAUCUUUAUAUCACAAUAGUCACGUAAUAUCUGCCAUAAAUAAAACUAUUUAUUAGUGCAACCAUUUAUUCGAUUCUUACCUUAAAUUGAUUACUUACUAAUUAUAUCUUAUUUAUUUAUUAUUUGAUAGUAAACUUAUAAAAAGGUAAUUUUUACUGUUAGGAGAGUCCAACAAAUGUAAGACUCCAAAAGCCGAGAAAAUCAAUAUUUUAAGGAAUAUAUAAAAAAAUAAACUAAAAAAAUUCUUUAUUUACGCGAAUUUAGAAAAUUGACAGAUUUUCACGAAACAACCGUCAAAUUAAUCGGACAGUUAAAUCAAUUGACAACAAUCGAAAGAUCUAAGAAUCCAAGUUACGGUGUAUUAUUAUGUAAGCAUAAUAACACAUUUCUCAGCUAAUCUUGCUGCUUUACUUUUUUCGAACUUAGCAAUGCUUAUGAUGAUACAUACUGCUUCAUUAUAAAGAGGAGAAAAAAGAAAAGAAAAGAUUAAAAUCGCAUGACACGAGACACAUUUGAAAAUACGAAAAGAAAAGUGGGUGCAUAAGGAGGACAAAAAUAUGCAUAACGAUAAAAAACAAACAUGCAAUUCUACGAUCACUGCCAAGGACGUUCAUCAUGUAUGUCAUUCUUGUCUUGUUGAAAUAUUGUCGUUUUUUUCAAGAUUAAAAAAAACCGCACGAAACGAAUAAAACAGAGCAAAUACGAUAAGGAGAAACUAAAUGCCUAUCAGGCGAUUGUUCAUAAUACUGCCAAGUGUAGAAAAUCGAGAUUUUGUGUUUUUUUUAAGAAGCUGUAAUACGCCCAUUUGGAAUAUGGAUAUGUAUUCGUAUACGUGAAACACAUAAGCAUACGUUCACAUUCGCCGUCAGUUAAGAACAUUGAAAACAUUUAUGCGUGUUGUGUCCCGUGUCUAUCCGCCUGUUUAUUGUAAAAAUGCGCGAUCCAAAAUCUUGAGAUGUGCUAAAGUAUUUUGAAAAAAACAUGAUACAAUAUCCAGAACUUCAAUUUAUGUUUAGAUGUUGUUACGAAGUCUUUUGAUCAGGAUAAAUUUUGCAAUCCUUCAGAAAAAGUAUUGAUAAAAAAUUGUGAAUUUAUUGAUUAAUGUGCAAUGUGAUAAUGGCACAGUUUUGUCUCAACUUGUUCAAUUGGCGAUUAAUAUUUAAGGUGUCCAGAAAUUUUUAGGAGUUCAGGAAUUCGGAGAUUUUGAAAUUUCCUGACAUCUAAGAAAUCUCGCGCCUUUUUUUUACACCAAACAUUUACACUUGGCAAAUGUCUGUGUCGUAGAUCAUCGGCUUAUAGGAAUUGUCACAAAGACGGUUUGCGUGAUCCAGCGGCAACGAUUGAUUUAUUUUUGCUUGCACAGGACUUGGCACGAUUAUCAUUGAUUACGACAACAGUUGCUACUGCAUUAUGAUUAACUCCACUGCAAAUACACAUACGUUGCGUACUAUUAUUAUGAAAUACUAUCGCUACUAGUACUACUUCUAUUACUACCAGCAUUAUUGUUAUUAUUAUUAUUGCUAAUAUUACAAAUAUUUUCAUGUAAUAUCUCGCGCUUAUGUUCACAGGAGGGACACAAUGAUACAAACGUGCGCACAUACAUUUCAAGGAUAGAACGUACGAACGCACAGAUUUUCAGUAUCGCUCGCACAUAAUUUUAUUCAUUACUAAAAUUGGCCGAUCACUAUAAAUUUGUUUAUAUCGCUGUUAUCGAUUCUCUCUUACAUCAUAUAUAUUCCUCUUUCAAAAACAAUUUCAUGAUAAUUUCAUGAAAAAACAUUAAUGUAUCACAAAUCUUUGGCAUACCUUUCAAUUAAAUGCAAAAAUGUAUUUGUUGUCAUUUUAUUUGUAAAAACAUUUGUUAUGCACAAAUGAAUGAGAAAAAAUUCUUGAUAUGAACUUUUCGUGAAAAUGUGCGCAUAACUUUUAUAUUGGGUGCAAUUUUAGUAAAUCUUGUUUAGUAAAAAGUAAGCGACUAAAAUAAUGUUUAUCGAUACGUUUCGGUAUAACGAUUGAAAAACAUGUAUGAAUUAUUACGAUCAACUAAUUGCAAAUUGGUGCUUUGGAAUAUAUUAGACUGAAUUAUUGUUGUAAAUUUUAAGAAAAGAGGAAAAAAAGUAACCAAGUUUUCGCUCGAACCAGUUACUUGGCAAAUAUUAUUUCUAUUUGGAGCGUUUUAUACGUACAUGCACACGCGCAUGCGCGCGUACACGCUAUGUAUGCACAUUACACACAUACACGCGCGCGCGUACGCCCGCAUGUAUAGACUGAGUUGUGAAAUAUGUCUCACGUGUGUGGAAAAAAUUGUAGUAUGCCGCGGAAACAUUUAACAUGUAUGAAUACCUAAAAAUAAAAUGCGUAA